UUCUCCCAAUCUCCCUCACCCUCCUGCCAUUCUCCCUCACCCUCCUCGCAUUCUCCCUCACCCUCUUCCCAAACUCCCUCACACUCCUCGCAUUCUCCCUCAACUUUCUCCCAGUCUCCCUCACCUCAAUCCCAAUCUCACUCACCCUCCUCCCAAUCUCACUCACCCUCCUCCCAGUCUCCCUCACCCUCCUCCCAAUCUCCCUCAACCUCCUCCUAGUCUCCCUCACCCUCCUCUCAAUCUCCCUCACCCUCCUCCCUGUCUCCCUCACCGUCCUCCCAUUCCCCCUCAUCUUCCUCCCAAUCUCAUUCACCCUCCUCCCAAUCUCCCUCACCCUCCUCCCUGUCUCCCUCACUCUUCUCCCAGACUCCCUCACCCUCCUCGCAGUCUCCCUCACCUUUCUCACAAUCUCCCUCACCCUCCUCCCAUUUUCCCUCACCCUCCUCCCAUUCUCCCUCACCCUCGCCCAUCUCCCAGUCUCCCUCACCCUCCUCCCAAUCUCUGUCACCAUCCUCCCAAUAUCCCUCACCCUCCUCCCAUUUUUCCUCGCCCUCCUCCCAAUCUCCCUCACCCUCCUCCCAUUCUCCUUCACCCUACUCCCAAACUCCCUCACCUUACUCCCAGUCUCCCUCACUCUUCUCCCAUUCUCCCUCACCCUCCUCCCAAUCCCCCUCAACCUCCUCCCGGUCUCCCUCACCGUCUUCCCCAUCUCCCUCACCUUCCUCCCAAUCUCCCUCACCCUCCUCCCAGUUUCCCUCACCCUCCUCGCAUUCUCCCCCUCCCUCCUCCCAAACUCCCUCACCCUCCUCGCAUUCUCCCUCAACUUUCUCCCAUUCCCCCUCACCUCAAUCCCAAUCUGCCUCACCCUCAUCCCAGUCUCCCUCACACUCCUCCCAGUCUCCCUCACCCUCCUCCCAAUCUCCCUCAACCUACUCCCAGUCUCCCUCACCCUCCUCUCAAUCUCCCUCACCCUCCUCACAAUCUCCCUCACCCUCCUCCCAGUCUCCCUCACCCUCCUCCCAGUCUCCCUCCCUCUCUUCCCAGCCUCCCUCCCUCCCCCCAUCUCCCUCACCCUCCUCCCAUUCUCCCUCAUCCUCCUCGCAUUCUCCCUCACCCUCCUCCCAAUCUCCCUCACCCUACUCCCAAUCUCCCUCACCGUCUUCCCCAUCUCCCUCACCUUCCUCCCAAUCUCCCUCACCCUCCUCCCAGUUUCCCUCACCCUCCUCGCAUUCUCCCCCUCCCUCCUCCCAAACUCCCUCACCCUCCUCGCAUUCUCCCUCAACUUUCUCCCAUUCCCCCUCACCUCAAUCCCAAUCUGCCUCACCCUCAUCAUCUCCCUCACCCUCCUCCCAGUCUCCCUCACCCUCCUCCCAAUCUCCCCCAUCCUCCUCCCAUUCUCCCUCACCCUCCUCCCAGUCUCCCUCACACUCCUCCCAAUCUCCCCCAUCCUCCUCCCAUUCUCCCUCACCCUCCUCCCAGUCUCCCUCACCGUCUUCCCCAUCUCCCUCACCUUCCUCCCAAUCUCCAUCACCCUCUUCCCAAUCUCCCUCACCCUCCUCCCACCUCCCUCCCGCCCCCCAGUCUCCCUCACCCUCCUCCCAUUCUCCCUCAUCCUCCUCGCAUUCUCCCUCACCCUCCUCCCAGUCUCCCUCACCCUACUCCCAAUCUCCCUCAACCUCCUCCUAGUCUCCCUCACCCUCCUCUCAAUCUCCCUCACCCUCCUCCCAAUCUCCCUCGCCCAUCUCCCAGUCUCCCUCACCCUCCUCCCAAUCUCUGUCACCAUCCUCCCAAUAUCCCUCACCCUCCUCCCAUUUUUCCUCACCCUCCUCCCAAUCUCCCUCACCCUCCUCCCAUUCUCCUUCACCCUACUCCCAAACUCCCUCACCUUACUCCCAGUCUCCCUCACUCUUCUCCCAUUCUCCCUCACCCUCCUCCCAAUCCCCCUCAACCUCCUCCCGGUCUCCCUCACCGUCUUCCCCAUCUCCCUCACCUUCCUCCCAAUCUCCCUCACCCUCCUCCCAGUUUCCCUCACCCUCCUCGCAUUCUCCCCCUCCCUCCUCCCAAACUCCCUCACCCUCCUCGCAUUCUCCCUCAACUUUCUCCCAUUCCCCCUCACCUCAAUCCCAAUCUUCGCAUUCUCCCUCACCCUCCCCCCAAUCUCCCUCACCCUACUCCCAAUCUCCCUCACCUUACUCCCAUUCUCCCUCACUCUUCUCCCAUUCUCUCUCACACUCCUCCCAAUCUCCCUCACCUUCCUCCCUGUCGCCCUCACCCUCCUCCCAGUCUCCCUCACCCUCCUCCCAAUCGCGCUCACCCUCCUCCCAGUCUCCCUCACCCUCCUCCCAUUCUUCCUCACACUCCUCCCAAUCUCCCUCACCCUCCUCCCAGUCUCCCUCACCCUCCUCCCAAUCGCGCUCACCCUCCUCCCAGUCUUCCUCACACUCCUCCCAAUCUCCCUCACCCUCCUCCCAGUCUCCCUCACACUCCUCCCAAUCUCCCCCAUCCUCCUCCCAUUCUCCCUCACCCUCCUCCCAGUCUCCCUCACACUCCUCCCAAUCUCCCCCAUCCUCCUCCCAUUCUCCCUCACCCUCCUCCCAGUCUCCCUCACCUUCUCCCUCACCCUCCUCCCCAUCUCCCUCAACCUACUCCCAGUCUCCCUCACCCUCCUCUCAAUCUCCAUCACCCUCCUCCCCAUCUCCCUCACCCUCCUCCCAGUCUCUCUCACCCUCCUCCCAUUCUCCCUCAUCUUCCUCCCAAUAUCCCUCCCCCUCCUCCCAUUCUCCCUCACCAUCUUCCAAUUCCCCGUCACCAUCCUCUCAAUCUCCCUCACCCACCUCCCAAUAUCCCUCAUCCUCCUCCCAGUCAGGAAACUCGGCCUGCAUCCGGGUGAUGAAGACCCACCAGCAGGUCCACAGCACAGAAACAUUCCGUUUCAGGAAAACUGGCUCAAAUACCCUCAGGAUUUCCUCACAAUUUCCCAACCAAUCUGACUAUCCCAAACUGCGUGGAGAUUAA